GUGGAGGGGAGAAAGCCUAUUCAUGUCAUGCUGAAGCGUCCUAACAACUGCUCGGACUGGCUUGUCCCGCUUGUGUGAUGUCAUCCAAUGGAUGAGUGGCUGGCGGCUGUGAUGCGCAUGUAUGCAGUCCAGUGCCUGAACGCAUCACAGAGAACCGCACUUGACAGCUUGCCAGGUUGGAGGGGGGAAAACACACACACACACACACACACCACACACACACACACCAUUGAAGGGAGGAAACCAGACCUGCUGAAUUUCCACCAGCCAGCCGUCAUCCGCAUCCAGCCCGGAGGUGGAGGCUUUCCCGCAGCCUCUCUCUCCUCUUCCUCUCAUCGACAUCUCAUGCAUCAUUUUUUUUGGAUUCGUCGUGCUCGCGUCGUAACGCACAGAUGAUGAUGAUGAUGAUGACAGCGUAACCGGAGCGGCGAGCUGUUACAGAGACCAAAACACGGCACGUUUGCUUUUGUCGAAGAGGGAUCUGUUGUGACUGGACAUGAAUUCGGCGGAACAGACGGUUACAUGGUUGAUUACGCUCGGGGUGCUGGAGUCGCCGAAGAAAACCAUCUCGGAUCCCGAAGCGUUCCUGCAGACCUCCCUGAAGGAUGGGGUGGUCCUGUGCAGGCUGCUGGAGCGGCUCAGCCCGGGGUGCACGGAGAAAGUAAGGAUCUACCAAGAACCGAAGAACGACGGCGAGUGUCUGAACAACAUCAGGGAGUUCCUCAAAGGCUGCUCAUCGUUCCGCGUCGAGCCGUUUGAGGCCAGCGACCUGCUGCUGGGACUGAACUUCUCAAAGGUGCUGAGCAGUCUGGUUGCUCUGAAUAAAGUGACGGCAGAUAUCGGCGUGGGCAGUGAUUCGGUGUGCGCCCGGCACUCUUCAGCCCAUCGCAUCAAGUCGUUCGAGUCGCUGUCCUGUCAGGCUUCACUGGGCCGAUCCUCCAAGCUGCUGCAGAACCAGUUUCGCAGUCUGGACAUGUCGGAGAACAGCGGACAGCAGCUGCUCGUGAAGGCGCGCUUCAACUUCCAGCAGACCAACGAGGAUGAGCUCACCUUCGCCAAGGGUGACAUCAUCGGCGUGACUCGUCAGGAGGACGGCGGCUGGUGGGAGGGGACGCUCAGCGGCAGGACUGGCUGGUUCCCUAGCAACUAUGUCCGUGAGAUCAAAGGCUCUGACAAACAAGUGUCCCCCAAGUCCGGCACCCUGAAGAGUCCACCUAAAGGCUUCGACACUUCUGCGAUCAGCAAGACGUACUACAACCUGGUGCUGCAGAACAUUUUAGAAACAGAGACCGAAUAUUCGAAGGACCUUCAGAGCCUCCUGACCAACUACCUGCGACCUCUUCAGAACAUUGACAAACUGAGCAGCUCCGACGUGGCUCUGAUCCUGGGAAACCUCGAGGAGAUCAGCACCUUCCAGCAGAUGCUCGUCCAAUCGUUGGAGGAGUGCACCAAGCUUCCAGAGAACCAGCAGAGGGUGGGGGGCUUCUUCCUCAACCUCAUGCCACAGAUGAAGGCUCUCUAUGCUGGUUACUGCUCCAACCACCCCUCUGCAGUCAAUGUGCUCACCCAGCACGGUGAUGUGUUGGGGGACUUCAUGGAGGGCAGAGGUGCAGUCAGUCCGGGGAUCCUCACCCUGACCACAGGCCUCAGUAAACCCUUCAUGAGACUCGACAAAUACCCGACAUUACUCAAAGAGCUGGAGCGGCACAUGGAGGAGAGUCAUCCCGACCGACCCGACAUUCAGAAGUGCAUGGCGUCUUUCAAGCAUUUGUCUGCUCAGUGUCAGGAGGUGCGCAAGCGUAAAGAGCUGGAGCUGCAGAUCCUCACCGAGUCCAUCCGGCUGUGGGAGGGGGACGACAUUAAGACGCUGGGCUCUGUGCUCUACAUGAGCCAGGUCUUAGUCCAGAGUCCCGGCUCAGAGGAGAAGAGCGAGCGGUACCUCAUGCUCUUCCCUCAUGUCCUGCUCAUGUUGUCUGCCAGCCCGAGGAUGAGCGGCUUCAUAUUCCAGGGAAAAUUACCUCUGGCCAGCAUGACCGUGAUCAAACUGGAAGACUGUGAAGCUCAUAAAAACGCCUUCGAACUCAACGGCCCAAUGUUUGACCGUCUCCAGGUGGUGUGCACCCACCAGCAGGACCUGCAGGACUGGGUGGAGCACCUGACCAGACAGAUCAAACACACCGCCGCCACAGCGCCCAGCCACAAACCGCUCACUGUCCCCUGCCACACGCUCCCAUCUCAUCCCCUCACCCCAUCCCGGCACGCUGAGGGUAGAGCCAUGACGGUGGCUCCCACCUACCACACCCUGCCUCACCCCUCCUCCCACGGGACGUCUCUCUCCAGCACCAUGAUGUGGGGCCCGCUGGAGCCACCCAACACCCCCAAACCCUGGAGCCUGAGCUGUCUGCGGCCUGCACCGCCUUUACGACCCUCUGCAGCUCUCUGCUACAAGGAGGAUCUCAGUAAAAGUCCUAAGAGUGUGAAGAAACUCCUUCCUAAACGCAAGCCUGAGAGGAAACAGUCUGAGGAGGAGUUCGCCUUGAGGAAGAGUACAGCUGCUCUGGAAGAAGACGCCCAGAUCCUGAAGGUUAUCGAGGCGUACUGCACCAGCGCCAAAACCAGGCAGACUCUGAACUCCACCUGGCAGGGCACCGACCUGAUGCACAACCACGUGCUGGCCGACGUGGACCGGUCCUGUAUGGACUCGCCGGGCCGCCGUAGCAGCGUGUCACGGCCAGAGUUGUCCUCUGACCUCUCGGAGGACUCUGACUAUGACUCCAUCUGGACCACCCACAGUUACAGGAUGGGUUCGGUGCCGCGUAAGAGCUGCAUCUCUCACCAGAACUAAAGAACGUACAGCACUGCCACGCUGUACUGUAAUGUAACGUACGGCGCGCUUACCUCUUUUACCUUCAAUGUAUUCAAAUAAACUAGAUUUUUUUUAUUUAUCUAUUUAUUUUCUAUGAUAUAUUUGUUCAUUUUUUUUGUUAACUUAUUUGGUUUAUUUAUUUUUAGACUGUAUGUUCGAAGAUGUUUGAAGCAUCUCCCUGUUGCCUUGCCACUUUUCCCUUUUAUGUGCCUCCUCUCUUCGUGUAGUUGUCAUGCAGUAAGUGUUUGGUAAUUCUCGUUAAUUUAUUUUGAAUGUGACCACUCCUUGUUUGACCAUAAACGUGGCGGACUCUCUCAGCAGGGGGAGGAACAGCAGGGAGGUCGGAGUGGAAUUACAGGGGAGGGUUAAACCCGGGGAGGGAGAGAUGGGGACUGAGCUUUUCCUGUCUGAUAUUCAGAUGUAAUUCAGAAAUGAGUGUAUUCUAUUUACCAUAUACUACUUCUCUCCGGUAUGUGUUUCUAGAGUAUGUAUGCUCAAAUAUAGCACAGAUGCCAUACACACACACACACACAUACACACACACACACAGGCACAUACUGUAUGCCCCUGCUGCCUGAUAAUAUAGCAGCAUGCAAAUCAAAUAUCCAAAUUCCAAAUACCAUUUUAUAUCAUUUCUGUUCUUAUAAUUUGGUUUUUAUUCAUGUUAAGCAGGAUUAAAUUGAACACAACACACGGCCAAAAGCUACUAAAUACUAAAACUUCUUGUUACAUUUGAUAGUUUGUAAAACACAGCUGAUUAUUUGACGUAGCUGCGACAGGAAGAGGAGAUUACCACGCACGAGUUUUCUCCAGAUGCACAAAAGCUAGUGGACUGAGGAGGAUGAAUAUAAAGAGUCAGCUCACCCAAAAUUACAAGAAAAACAGCAACAUAUGUUCGCGAUAACUUCUUCUUCUUGUAUCCGGCCGUGCAGACAAGUUGUGAAAUAUCUUUCUUUGAGAUUUCGUCUUCAACUCUUCUCACAGUUGAAGUUUCUGGACUUGUUCUUGUGGUGGUCACAGCUUUGAAAUAUUAAACGUCUCUCCAGGAUCCCAGUUACUCUGGAUCAUCCAAAGACCUCACAGUCAACAGAUUUAAUUCAAACUGCUCCUGAAAUUAUCACUAUGAAAGUUGAAUAAGCACACGUGUUGAAAGUUUCCUGUGAGCACCACAAGUUAAAGUCCAGAGACGCUGGUUCUCUUAUAUAUGUUGUUGUUUUUUUUUGCGUAUUUUCGUUGAGCUGACCCUGAAGUCAUUAUUUGAAUGAUUUGCUGUACAGUGUAGUCCUCCUGAGCAUCAUCCUUUAAAGCCUGAUCUACCAUCCAGUAACGUUGCUGUCUGUCAGUGGUUCUACAGGGUUGCAUUUACAUUUAGCUUCAAGCCUCAAGUUGGUUAGUGUAUUAAAGAAAAAAAUAAAUAAAAAGAUUCAUUUAAACCAAGCAUAGCAUAAAAAAUCUGUAAAGUACAGCCUGACACAGCUACAGUCCUGUAGGACAAAUCAAAUGCCUUUGUUCAGUGUCUGCUUGUUAAAGGAAUAGUUCAGAAGAUUGACAUCACUCUCAAGUCACUAUUUAAAUGAAUUACACAGACGAAGAUAUACUAAUGUGUUUGUUGAUGAGCUUUAAAACAUGUCCCGGCUCCAGCUCUACGCUCAACACACAAACGUGAAACCGAUGCCGAUUUUCUCCGAGUGUGAUCAUGUUUCAGUCUUCCAGCUCCGCACUUAACAACGAUAACCAUACCCCCCCCCACCCAAAAUAAAAAAGUUGAACUACUCCUUUAAGACGGCAGAUUGAGCAGGUUACCUUAAAAAACAACAAUGCUAACACCUACGCUACAGCCUCAUGAGCCAGGCGCCGAUGCUUCGUGCUGCGCGUGGCUCGUGAGCGCCACCAUGCUAUCUCUUGCAUUAAUGACUAUUUUUAUGAAGAAGUAUUUUUCCAGUAUUGGUAUUAAAAGUACAGGUCGGCUUAGAGUCUAUCUCCUCUUAUCACAGCAAGCAAUGCGACUGACAUAAGGAAUAUAUUGGUCCAUGUUACAGUACUGAUUCUUUAUUGUGUUCAUUAUUUUGUAUACAGGCGUUUUGUUUAUUUGAUUUCAUUUAUAUUUGAUUCUGUAUGUCAAUGUUUACAAAAUGAUCCCUGGAAGAAUCAUUUCUUUCUUUUAUUUCAUCUUAUUUUUUUACAUUUUUAUUGGUCUGUAUCAAAGUUUACACACUGAAAAUUAUAACAUGAAGUGUUUUUGAAUUAUUUUGCACAAUCAUGUAACGGGCCAGUGGGUGUUUCUGGGGGAUAGUCUGUUAAAUUCUGUACUUUUUUGUCGUCUACCUACAGUGUGUAUGAUAUAGUCCUUAAAGGUAGACUUGAGUAUUCAGUGUUACUGUAAAGUAAAAAGCUCAUUCGUAGUGUAAAACAAAAAGAGAGAAAAGAAACAAAAGGCCGUGUUAUACAGGAACAUUUCUAUGUGAACUACUCAUUCAACCUCAGAAUACUGUCAGAGUGGACUGGAAAUAUAAGAGCACAUAGUCUCCCUUUCUGUAAAUACUAGUUGUCAUGGAGCAAGAAAAAAAAAAUCCAUUCUACCUUCUAUGAGUAUUUGAGCUAAGAAUAUCACUGUCCUUAUAUCAUGUGCUAUACUUUGUGACAGGUGUAUUCUGUGGUUUAAGAAACUUAAAGUCAAACUGUGGGACAGGCAGGGCGAAGAGACCAACUGUCUUUGACCAACAUUGUCCUCUGUGUGCUCUAAUGCUGUA